UCAGUCAUUUCUCUUAGUAGACUGAAAAUCCAAAUUUAUCCGGUCAAUAUUUUCUCGUCUACUGUUCCGCGGAAACAGAACAUUUGUUUCAAUAUGGCGACGACGGGGCAGCCACAGCGCCAAAACAAAGGCAGAGUACAGAUUGUUAGAUCAUCACUUCCCUACCAAGUUCUUCUCUACCUCAAUGGAUGGUACUUUGCAUUCUUCUUUCUGUGUGAAAUUCUUAUUUAUGUUUACAAAGGUGAAACUCUACCAUACGCAGAUAAUGUAUUGCCAGCAGAGGUGAUUCUGGUCUUCAUUUUAGCAGGAAUAGAGGCCUUACGAAUAUUUUUUGCUCAAAAAGGAAAUCUUACAGAGAGAAUAGUGGGGGUUGUAAUAUCGAUAUUAUUGAGUAUCCCUGCAGUACUAGGGGCACUGUAUCUCAUCUUAUGGCAGACUUACGUAUUACGAGUUGACGUCAUCUUGGCAGCUAUCCAGACUGGAUUUAUAGGACUGGAACUCAUUUUUGGAAUCAUCGGCAUGAUUACGUUUGCUAGAGCUACACCUUAUUAACAACUGCAAGGUCUAAUGCAAAUGACAUUCUCUGCAAGGUUGUGAUUUUAGAAGGAUCUGCCAGAAAGGAUAUCUUCAUGAUCAGUUCUGCAUUUAUGAAUACAAGAUUCCAUCAAACUUGUUUAUGAACAUACAUACUAUGUGCUAAAAGACAUAUCCAUAUGCAAGAUACUGUACACCAUGAUGCAUUAUU